UCAUCAACAGUGAGUUGCUCGCAUCUGACGCAAAUGAUUUCGGUGUUCUCUGCGGAAUUACCGCCUUAGGAAGGUUUUGUAUCGCCGUCCACGUGUCUCUCGAACCAUCAAAGCGGUCGUCCGACUAGUCCCUGGAGCCCAUGCAGUUCUUCAACAAACUCCCAGCACCUAUCCGGCGGCACAUGUAGUGCUCUAUUCUCGCAUGCGCAGCGAGGGAAACCGAGUAUCGAUUUGCGCGAUAUUCAGCCAAACCGGUCUCCGUAUCUCCGCAAUGUGCUCUGGUGUACAUCACGAACAGGCGGUCUCAUCGACGUAAGACAGUGCGCCAAGAAUAUUCAUCAAACCGAUUGCUAUUCUCUGCCGUACGUUUCAUGGCCCGUUGGUACUUCCCAAGUAGAAGCCUGAUGCGACGCCUCAAAGACAUGUGGUCGUCCAAGCCGUCGGGACGUCCUUUGUUAGUCUUCCCAUAGUAUAAAAUAUCCGGCAUGGAAACACGAUAGCGUUGCGCACUCCUGGAUUGAUUUGCGCUCUGGAGGGUCUGGUGAGGAUGCUGUCCUUCGUCUCCUUCGUCUCCUUCGUCCUCGCAGGCAUACUCGCUGCCAGCGCUUCGGCAAGUGAAGGUGAACUUGCACUUCGGGCAAUCGACCCUUGUGCUGCGAUUGCGGGGCAGAAAUGGGUCUCUCCCAGGGAUGUCCGAGCGUGCUUUACGUCGUUCAAGGUUGACCCCGAUAUCAAAGCCAAUAUCAUAGAGGUAGUCAACAAAACACUAGCCUUCCACACCUCUGUCAAUUACCAGAAAUUGGCUCCAGAACCGUUCACUGCCGAUGUACACGAGGACCUGCUCUUUGAUUUGGCUCGUAUCAGCCAUCAGAGUUACCCCUCUGAUUUUGACUUGCACAUCGACAUGUCACGGACGCUCAAGAGGCUUAAUGACGGUCAUUGCGUCUACAUCAACGACUGCUACGAUUCUGUGUUCUUGACUUUCCUGCCAGUACCGUUGGUGCUGCUUACCGACGCCCGUGGUGCUCAAGACGUACACAUUGCACCUGAAGCUUUUACCGUGGCGUCCGCAGAGUUCGCAGACGAACUUGACGUCUGGCAGAACGCGCUGCCUGGAAGCCUCAAAGGGAAACUUAGCUCGCUCUCUGGUGCAAAGGUCCUCUUGAUCAACGGUGCAGACCCAUUUGUUGCAGUCAACGCGAAUGCUUUGAUCACUGGUUCGUUCCAAGGCUUCGGAACCCGACAAAACUCCUUCUUCUCAAGCUAUAACCGUGCUUCUACGGGUUGGAACUACAUCAUGGGCAACUUCGCACAGAUGUCCCUACCCCUUGCGGAUUCAGCAACUCUGACUAUUCAACGUAUCAAUGCGACAAGGCCUGAAACCAUCACACUCCCUUACCGUUCGCGGAAGAACGCUGCAACUUCCUGGACGGAUUCAGCUUCUUUCCGAGCCAACAACUGUGUAGCAACCGCUUCCACAAAUGGCGUCGAUGCUUAUGCUGACACAGCCAAACGUGCUGACAACCCAUCUGCUCCUGCACUCAUUAGCCCUGCAGCGGCCAAGUUCGAGCAACAACCUCCUAUCUCCCUUGUGGAUCGCCGGCGACAUGCUCUGAACGUCAUUCUUGAUAGCACUCCUUUGCAGGAUGUAGUCCUUCCCCCAGUUUUAACCCCUCAAGGGGAGGUACCUGGUGGAAACGGUGUUGCACAGUUCUUCCUGUUGGAUGAUGGGAAGACCGGCGUUUUAGCGCUAGGAAGUUUCUCCGCCAACUCAUUCGACGGACUCGAGCGAGCUAUGUUAACUGGUUUGGUCAAUUUGAAGGCUGCUGGUGCAUCUCAGUUGAUCGUCGAUGUGUCCAACAACGGCGGCGGCUUCAUCUGCCUUGCUCACUGGCUCCACCGAAUCAUCGCAGGCCCUAAGAAGACUACGGUCCCUCAAGCCGGUUUGGAUACCACGACACGCGCAGGGCCUCUUGCUCAGCUCAUUGUAAAGACUAUUAUUGCGGACCCCACUGGUGUUGACCCCGCUGAUUUCCUCCUCUAUAAUCCACUCAACUGGGCAUUCCCUAACAAAACCGGUGGUUUGACAUUUUUCGGCCCCACCGACGAUUGGCUGGAACCUCUCCAACGGAAAGUCAUCAAUGGUCGACAAGAUGCAUUUGCCCCUAGAAUGGCUGAUAUCUGUCAACCGUUCGACAUGGAACCUCCAGCGGAGCAGCUGUUUGAUCCGAAAAAGACGGUCAUCGUCAGUAAUGGGAGAUGUGCUUCCUCGUGCUCGUUAUUCAGUAUCACGAUGGCCAAAGAGGAAGGUGCAAAGACAGUCGUUCUCGGAGGUAAGAAAGGCGUUCAGCAGCAAUACUGUGGAACCGUUGGAGGCCAGUCUACCGAUUUCUCCACUAUUGACACCGAGGUCAAGACGACGCAUCUGAAGAACAAUACGCUUGCUCCUCCAGACUUCAAAACUAACAGUGUGCAGGGUAUCACAUGGCGACUUGGAUUUGGUAUCCAGGAUCCCUCUCAACCUGAAGAAUGGCAGGACCAUCCCGCAGACGUGAACUUAGCUCUCACGGCGGAUAUUGUUAACAAUCCUAAGGCGAUCUGGACUACGAUAGCGAACACACUUUUGUGACCAUUAGGUCAGGUCUCAGAUGUCAUCAAUUUAUCCUGUGUUUUUUUCUUUGUGUACUCAUCAGCGAGUUAAUGAGUGGCCAUUUAAUACAUCAGUAUGUAGUCUGUAUUGACUUCCUGCUUCUAACAUACAUGCAGUGAGAUCUACAAAUGCAGAACACCUUCUUAAGCCUAAGCUAGGUCAAUAUUUUAGAAGUUGCAUGCCUAUCUAAUUUACACACAACUGAUGGGAGCAGCAACAUGUGCCAUCUUGAACCACAGU